AAAACGGUGAAACGACACAUCGUUGAGGGCCGUCCCGUGUAGGUUUGUUUGGUCGGUAACGAAACGAUGGGAGCGGAAAGUGAGUCACAGGAAAAGCACGCACAAGAGAAGCCAAAGCCUAGUCUCGCACUCACACAGGAACAAUUCCUCUCAUGGAAGCGCCACAAGGAUGCUGUUGUAUCAGCCAUGAAAGCUGAAGUAUCUAGGAAACGGGAAGAGGAUAUUGCAGCAGGAACAGUCCAAAUGAAUGGACGGGAGCUGUUUAAGCAUGAGCCAUGGGUGUUUGAUAACUCACGUUAUUGACAUUGAGAGUUUUCAGGACCAAGUGAUCAAUACUUCAAGACAAGAUACCAAGAUAGAGGUAGUCAUGUCAACACAUUGAGUUUAAACUUUAAAGCAACCCUUGUCAAGGUGAUAUUGUUCCUGUCAAUUUGUUUUUUAAAAAAUAAACACAUGAAAAAGAGGUAAAUGAAAAUCAUUGUGAAGGUUUUACGUGAAAAUUUUCACUCAA